GCGCGCUCCUUUGCCCGGGCGGGGUAUCAUCAUGGGCAGCAAAAUGGCGGCGGCCAGUAGGGUCGUUCAGGUAGUCAAACCACAUACACCACUGAUUAAGUUUCCAGACAGAAAAAGUACUCUAAAAUCUAAAAUGCAAGAGUCUCUACAUUCAAGAGUGCCUCCGCUUCAUGGGACAGCCUCACAAUUUUCUGCAGAAAACAAAGCACCAUCUUUUCAAAAUACUUUAUUUACUGGUAGAACACAAGGUAUACCUGACACAGCAGAAUUAAUAAGAACUUUACCUCAGAAAUUCAGGAGGAAACCCAUGUCAGUUGAAGAGAUGGAAUACAUUCAACGUGGAGGCCCAGAAUAAGGUGGAGCAUUGUGCAGUUUGUAACUGCUGAAUAACAAACCGUUGUACUUACAAUAAAGUCCUUCUUCACUUUCUCUCUCUCUCUGGAUAUUAAAGGAGGUCAAAGGAAAGGUUUUUUUCCAAAAUGCUUUUGUGAGAGACUAAAAGGUAAUCGCUUUAGAAAGUGGUUAUGUCUCAUUCAGAGAUAAUUCUGUUUCAGGUAACCAGAAGCAUCGACUUUAAUUGCCUGAUGAAAUUUAUUUUUUCAUUCUAUUCACUAUAGUUUCCUUAUCUCUUAUAGUUGCUGUUGAUACACUAAGAAUUAAAAAUAGCUACUAAUAAAAUGACAAUAAUAGCCUGAAGACAAUCAUGUUGUUUUCAAAGUUUGAACAAUGCAGGAUCCUUCUAGCAAAUAAUAUGUUCUUCCAAAGAACUCUGAGAAAUAAACUUAAGUUAGCCAUAUCAAAAUUUGACAAAUUUUGUUAGUGAACUCAUUGUACAAUGUAAUCUACAAAUAUGCACAAUAUUCCUUCAGAAAAAGAAAUAAUCCAGCUCUUCCCUGAGUGCUAUACUACCUCAACUUGCACAGUUGUUAAAUUUGAUUCAGAAUAGGCAGGAAUUUAUUUUCAUGUGUCUGUCUUUAAAUAAUCCUAGUGACUACAUUGUAAUAAGAAAUUAAAUAUUAGUAAUAUUUUCUUGUCAAUCAAAGCUAAUACCAAUAUUCUCAGAUGGACUCAGAUGAGUUCUAGAAAUUUCCAUGAAUUGCAGUGUGUAAGAUUCUCUUGUGUACAUUUACUUUGCUCCAUCAAAAUGCCUGUUUCUUGUAGGGAGCUCAUCACUUGCACAUCAAAACAUCUCCAUGAUUGGGUUGUUUGAGUUCCUGAAUCAAGGAGCUAGAAGAACUUGUGCUGAUUGAGCACUGAUUUGUGCACUACUAAUUUAUAAAUCAAGAAUGAUAUGAAGUAUAAUUUAUAGUAUUUAAUACUUAGUACAUGAUUAUAAUACACAUCAUAUUGAAUUAUAUUGAAGCACAUACAAAAUUUAUUUCUAUGGAGCAGCACUGAAACUGCAAAUGGAUAUAUUCAUAGAUCGUGUGAUCAAUACUUGAGUUCAUUUUUAACAUGUACCUGCUAUAACAUGUAUGUUUUUAUGACAGGAAAGAGGAACUACACAAUUAGUAGAGAAAUGUUAUUUGAAACAACUGUUUUUGAUUACACAAACUUGAGAAGAAUUUUCAUCUGUUCUGUUUAAGUAGGGAAAGGAUUCAGGUUUAUAAUGCAAAUGUGUAUGCAAGAUUUUACUAAAUCAGUAGGUAAAGGAUUAAGCUAUUCACCUUUUAUUAUUGUAAAAAUACUUUUGUGUAUGAUACUGAAUGUAUUGUUUGCAUUUCUAUUAUUGUUUGAUAUAUUCUUCAUAUGUAUUUUAAGAUUUGUUAUAUAUUAGCAUUUGCACAAAACCCAAACAAAUUCUAAUUGCCAAUUAUAGACGGGUGUACAACAAAUAAUACAAAUAUAGCAAAUCCCUCUGGAGAGUUGGCUAAUAAAAAACACAAUAUGGA